AGAUGGAUGUAAACAGAGAAUGGCAGAAACAGAGGAUGAGAGAAAACCUCUCCUAAUUCAGAAUAAUUACGUUGAAACAACACUGACAAACAGAAGAAGAAAUGCUUCAUCCGUCACUUUUGAUCAUAAUGAUGUUGAAAGUGAUGGUCCAUCAAGUCCAGAUGUGAUAAGAUCAUCUGAAGAAACUGAACCAGAAUCACCGGAAAAACUACUCUCUGCAAAAUUUGAAAGUUUAGAUUAUGAUAUUUGCGAGAAUUCUCUGUAUCUCAAGGAAGAGAAGAAAAAAACAACGCAGGAGAUUAUUCGUAAAGAAAUAGCUCGAUGGUUUGUGUCGUUGUUAAUUGGUGUUUUAACAGGACUCAUUGCCUGUUUUAUUGAUUACAUGAUCGACAUAUGCUCGGGUGUAAAAUAUGAUUAUGUCAGAAAAUAUGUAAAUAAAUGUGUAGAGAGUUUCUGUCUGUAUACACCGUUUUUACUAUGGGUGGCCUUCAACGCUGGCAUCGUUAUGUUUGGUGCUAUUUUCACAGCCUAUGGGGAGCCAAUGUCAGCAGGAAGUGGUAUCCCUCAGAUUAAAUGUUAUUUAAAUGGUAUAAAAAUCCCCAGGGUUGUAAGAAUAAAAACGUUGAUAUGUAAAGUUCUGGGUGUUAUCUGUGCUGUAGCAGGCGGUUUAGCUGUAGGAAAGGAAGGGCCUAUGAUACAUUCUGGUGCAGUUAUAGCAGCUGGUGUGUCCCAGGGAAGAUCAACAACGUUUGGUAUAGAUUUUAAAGUAUUUGAAUAUUUUCGAACAGACAAAGAGAAAAGGGAUUUUGUAUCUGGUGGAGCUGCAGCUGGGGUUGCAGCUGCUUUUGGUGCCCCUGUUGGUGGUGUUCUGUUCAGUUUAGAAGAAGGGGCCAGCUUCUGGAACCAGGGUUUAACAUGGAGAAUUUUUUUUGCCUCCAUGUCGUCUACUUUUACUUUAAACGUUGUACAGAGUUAUAUUAAAGGAAACCAGUGGGAGUUAUCUAACCCUGGUUUAAUUAAUUUUGGUAAAUUUACAGAUUCAAAAUAUUCUGGAUUUGAAAUUCCUAUAUUUAUAGUGAUGGGAGUUAUAGGUGGAUUAUUAGAAUUUCUCUACUUUUAA